GCUAGACGGCGUAUUUGAAGUUGCCAAAUAGGCUGGGCUGGCUCUUGAGCUUUUAUGUCGAACAUGUGUGAAAUGCUUUACAGUGUCACUCAUCACUUUAGCUGAUCUAGUAUAGGCUGUUGCCAUUUCGUAAGUCCAGCUUGCUAGUUUAAAAUGGUCAAUCGCUUGAGGUUGUCGCAUUCAACAAUCAAAAAUUAUGUCUGUCAUAAAAGUCAUGUGACCGGUCCACUCCACCAACAUGACUCAAGUUUUUUUUUUGGGACUGUGCAGAGGAACAAAGCAAUCUUACAAUGCCUUCCAGAGCGAAACAAAAGCAAGCACAUGGCGAUACUGACGCCGAUCAAGUUCUUCAGGCAGUCAUUCUGUCAGACAGCUUCAACUCUCGCUUCAUGCCUUUGACAUAUGAAAAACCAAGGUGCCUUCUACCAGUUUGCAAUGUACCUUUAAUCGAGUACACAAUCGAGUUCCUCGCCAUCUCUGGAGCCCAAGAAAUUUUCAUCGUUGCGACCAUGCACGCCGAACAAAUUAAAGCAUACAUUGAAUCUUCAAAAUGGUCAAAGAAGAAUAGCUCUUCGCUUCAUAUCGAAGUUGUUCAUGCUUCUGAGUGCUUGUCGGUUGGUGAUGCCCUGAGAGAACUCGACGCAAGGCAAUUGAUCACCACCGACUUUAUCUUAGUUGGAGGAGAUGUAGUGUCCAACAUGAAAUUGGAUAAGGCACUUGAAGCUCACCGAUCUCGAAAGCGUAGUGACAGCAAGUACACUGAUAAAAAUGCCAUCAUGACAAUGGUUCUUAAGGAAGGCUCCUCAUAUCAUCCAUCACGUGCUCGCGGUGAAGAGAGUGUCUUUGUGGUUGACCCGUCAACAAAUGAAUGCGUCCAUUAUGAACCAAUGGAACCUUUCCCUCGGAAAAAGCGACUCGAUAUAAACGCUGAAAUUUUCGAAAGACAUGCCGAAAUUGAGUGCCGUAACGACUUGAUCGACCCACUGAUUGACAUUUGCUCCGUUGAGGUUCCGGCUCUUUUUUCUGAAAACUUUGACUGGCAACAUCUCCGAAGCGAUUUUGUUCGUGGUGUACUGACAUCUGAUAUUUUGGGCAAGACAAUCUAUACAUAUAUUUCGAACGAUUCAUACGCCGCACGUAUUCAAAACAGCCAGCAAUAUGACUCCGUCAGCCGUGAUAUUUUGAAACGAUGGACAUUCCCUAUUGUACCUGAAACAAACCUUCAAGAGAGCGAUAUCUACCAGUAUAGUCGUGGCAAUAUUUACAAGGGAACACGUGUGAUGCUAUCCAAAUCUUGCAUUAUCGAGGAUAAUGUUCAGAUUGGAUCAGGAACAGUAGUUGGCGAAAACUCUCGUGUUACCAAUUCUGUCAUUGGCAAAAAUUGUAAAAUUGGCAACAACGUCAAUAUCGAAGGAGCUUACCUCUGGGAUAAUGUGAUCAUUGAAGAUGGUGUUGCGAUCAAGCGAAGUAUUGUGGCUAAUGAUGCCGUUAUACUGACCAACACGACUUUGGACAACGGCUGCAUCGUAUCAUUUGGGGUCAAAAUUGGUCCAAGCGUAGCAUUACCAAAGUACACACGAGUCGGUUCACAGCCUCAACCUAAGGAUGACUACUUUGACGACGAAGAAGAGAGUGAUGACGAAGAAGGAGAUAACGCUGUAUCGGAUAUUGAUCUGGGCGAGCAAGGAACUGGGUAUAUUUGGAUUGAUAAAGGAGACAACGACGAAGAUAAUGACCCAAGAAACCUCAAAGUUGCAUCACUAGCUUUUGACUUGAAGGAUCUUAGCGUUGGCAAGGAACAAGGAGACGAUUCUGACAGUGCAAGUGAAAUCGGUGACUUGUCAGAUAGUGAUGAUGAAAGAGACUCUGUAGGGGAUACUUGGCAUCCAGAGCAAAGCCAAAUCCUUGCUGCUAGAAAAGUGGAGGAGUUCAAGCGAGAACUGGAACAAAGUAUUAGUCGCGCAUUUGCCGAACAGCAUACUGUUGAAUUGGCCGCGCUUGAGAUUACAGGCUUGCGUAUGUCUGCAAACGGAAGUUACGACGAUGUCAGAGACGUUAUUGUUCCCGCCAUUAUCAACCAAGUUGAUCUAUCCAAGCCCAUGCCUAGCAUACGAACAGUUUUGAAGAAAUGGGGUUCCCUCAUAGGCAAAGUCACCCAUGGUAAAGAUGAUCAAGUUCAUGUUCUCCAUAUCUUACAAGUACACUGCGCUGAUAAGGAGCAACUGCACAAGCUAUUCCUUCCAGCUCUUCGAUUACUAUAUGACGACGAUGUUGUGGAGGAAGAUGCUAUCUUCAGAUGGUAUAACUCUGACCGAUCCAAGCAACUCGGACCUUCUGCUACAGCACUGCGUGACAAGGCAACUGUUUUCAUCAAAUGGUUGCAAGAGGCAGAAGAAGAAGAUAGUGACGAGGAUGAUGAAUAGACAAUGUACCUGUAUACAAUUUAUUUCAAAUUUUUUAUUUUUAUUUUUUUUGGGAAAUUUGCCCACGUCUCUAAAAAUUUGGCAUGAUUCACUGAAUGUGAC